AUGUUGUGGAAGCUAGUUUUAGAUCAUCCUAGGUCGAUUAAUUGUUUCUUUAGAAAUGUAUGCAGAACUCAAAAUGCAUCACCGAGAAACAUCAACUACUGUAAGGUACCCAAAUUAUUGAAAAAUCGUCCAAAUAAACAGCCAAAAUUACUUCCUAAAGUAGGAAUAUUUAUUGGAGGAUGUAGUCUUGUUCUAGGAAAUAAAAUAUUUAACAAAAAUGUAGCAGUUUGCGAUGGUACCAGAUUGGCAGGAUAUAGAAAUAGCAGUUCUAGUAAAAAUUUAAAAUUCGAUUGGCGCAGACUUUGGACGUAUUUGAGGCCCCACUUGUGGAGUUUUAUUGCUGCGAUUUUGGGAGCUUUAGCCGUAGCAUUAUUAAAUAUCCAAAUUCCUCAAGUCAUGGGUGGCGUCAUCAACGUUUUGGCGAAAUUCAGCAGUCAACACGACAGUCAGCAAUUUAUUUCGGAAGUAAAAACACCAGCCCUAAAAUUGGUCGCCAUGUAUGUAGCUCAGAGUGUUUGUACAUUUUUCUACAUUUCAAUGCUGAGUAAUUUGGGCGAAAACAUUGCUUAUAAAAUGAAAUCGGAACUGUUUAGUUCAAUUUUGCAACAAGACAUUGCAUUUUUUGAUGCUCAAAGGACUGGUGAAAUUGUUACGAGACUAACAGCGGACAUACAAGACUUCAAAAGUAGCUUUAAACAAACAGUUUCAGGUGGUUUGAGGGCCGCCACUCAAAUUAUCGGCUGUUCGGUGUCUUUAUUCUUAAUAUCACCUUACAUGACGGUCGUUUCUUUAUUGUGCAUACCUUCUGUAAUUGGUGUUGGUACCAUAUUUGGUUCAAUUUUACGAUUGACUUCCAGGAAAGCUCAAGCACAGACUGAAAAAACAACAGCAAUUGCUGACGAGGCAAUAAGUAAUAUUCGAACGGUGCGAGCGUUUGCAAUGGAAGACCAAGAAAGGGAAAUGUUUGUGAAAGAGGCUGAAAAAGGCAUGGAGUUGAAUGAAAGUUUGGGAUUCGGUAUUGGUUUGUUCCAGGCUGGAACCAAUUUGUUUUUAAACGGAACAGUCCUAAUGACUUUAUACAUGGGCGGUUACCUACUUUCCACAAAUCAGCUUUCAGCCGGCGAAGUAAUGUCAUUUUUGAUGGCGGCUCAAACGAUUCAACGAUCUCUGGCUCAAGUAUCGCUACUUUUCGGCAGCGUCAUCAAAGGACUUGCCGCAGGAGGCAGAGUGUUCGAAUAUAUUAAUAUGGAACCCAGCAUGACACUGACGGGCGGCGAAACCAUUGCCGAAGCUCUGCUUAAAGGGGAAAUUCAGUUCAAAAAUGUUACUUUUGCUUAUCCCACUAGGAAACGACAGGUUAUAUUGGAAAACUUCAAUUUGUCAGUGCCUUCGGGGAAAACUAUUGCCAUUGUUGGUGCUUCGGGAAAUGGUAAAUCAACUAUAGUUGCUUUACUAGAAAGAUUUUAUGACGUCGACAGUGGCACGGUUACAAUAGAUGGGCACAAUUUGAAAACGUUAGAUCCCACUUGGCUCAGAAGGAAAGUUUUAGGACUAAUCAGUCAGGAACCGAUUUUAUUCGCUACUACAAUUUUGGAGAAUAUUCGAUAUGGCAAACCUGAUGCUACAAAUGAAGAGGUUAAAAAAGCAGCCCAAAUGGCAAACGCUGACGAAUUCAUUUCAAACUUCCCUCGAGGAUACGAAACAAUGGUGGGCGAACGUGGCGCCACCUUAUCCGGCGGCCAAAAACAACGAAUUGCCAUCGCCAGGGCGCUGCUGAAAGACCCCAAGAUUUUGUUACUGGACGAGGCGACCAGCGCCCUUGACGCCGAGUCGGAAAAAAUCGUCCAAUCGGCUUUGGACAAUGCGAGGAAAGGCCGGACAGUUAUUGUGAUUGCCCAUAGAUUGUCGACUGUACGCAAUGCCGACUUGAUUCUUGUGCUGAAUCAAGGCAAGAUAGUUGAAAUGGGAACCCAUGAGCAGCUUCAGAAGUUGAAAGGUUACUAUUGGGCGUUGACAUAUCAGCAACAGCAGCACCCAGAAGCUGCUUAA